CAUAGGUAUGAACCCAGUAAAUUCGGCUUUUGGAUCCUCAUUUUUCUGCAAAAAGAAUCCAACAAAAUAUUUUUAAUCCAUGAGUGUCGCUAUUUUCUUGUCAAGAAAAUCGAUUGGGCAUUUUCAUAUUGGCGAUAGAAAGUUUGAGCACUUCAAACCUGCAGAGCUGAGCAGAGGACCAAGUCUGUGCCCAUAACCUCUAAAACCUAAGCAUCGCAGAGUGAACAUAACCUUGUAGAGUACAGUGCAAUCGGCGCUACGAACGGUCUUGGAGGUUUUUCGAGAUUGCAUUGAGAGAAGAUGUCAGGAGAAUCAGGAGAUUCUGAAAAAAAGCAAUGGACAGAGGUCGAACGUCUGGAGUUAGCAGCAAAGCUGGAUGCUGAAUUAGAGGGCUACAUAAGUAAUUUGGAGAAGAAAUCAUACGAUGAAGGUUGGCCAGAGGAUCGGUGGCAAGAAGAAAUGGAGAAACAUCCAUUUUUCAUGAAGAAGGCCCCUGAACCUGGCGAUGAGGUCUCACCCUUGAUAGAGGGUCUCCAACAGCUUAAGUAUUCAGAGGAUGAAAAUACACCUGAAGAAUUAGCAGCUAAUUACAAAGAAGAUGGAAACUUCAAUUACAAACACAGAAAUUAUCGUCUUGCAAUUCUAAGUUACACGGAGGGAAUAAAAACUAAAUGUGAAGAUGACAGUCUGAGAGCUCAAUUGUACAAUAAUCGAGCAGCUUCCCACUUCAUGCUGAAGAAUUAUCGAUCAUGUUUGAAUGAUUGCAAAAUGGCCUUGAGGUACCAGCCAAACUAUCCUAAAGCUUUGAGUAGGGCGGCAUUGUGCUGCUAUCGUACGAAAAAAUUUGAUGACUGUAUUGACCUCUGUAAUAUUUACAUUACCGAGCACGAGUCCAACAGUGAAAUCUCUAAAAUGCUUAAUAACGCAAAUCUGGAAAAGAAGAAACAACAAAGGGAAAUCCGAUUGAGGGAAAUGAAGGAGAAAAAAGAAGAGAAAGAGGAAGACAGAUUGAUCGCGGCGAUUGAGUUGAGAAAUAUCAACAUAGAACUCUCAAAUGGAAAUAAAUCAUAUGAAUUGAAGGAUUUGGAGCCUCAGAUUCCCCAAUUAGCACAACAUAGAGUAAGACUGGAUAAAGAAGAACGAUUGAUCUGGCCCGUUAUGAUUCUUUAUCCCGAAUAUAUGCAGACAGAUUUCAUUCAGAGUUUCCAUGAAGAUACGCCAUUUAUGGAUCAUCUGGAAGACCUUUUUGAAGUUUCACCACCUUGGGAUAGUACAGAACGUUACAUUGUUCCGAACUUGAGUGUAUAUUUCGAAGGAAUCAACAAAGCAUCUGUUCAUAAAGUCGAUAUCAGUCAAACGCUGGGCACAAUCAUCCAACAAAAACAAUUCAUUCUGAGAGGCGGGACUCCAUCAUUUAUUGUACUGAUAGCCGCCAGUGACGCUGAGAAACGAUUUUUAGAUAACUACAAAGUAUCAAGAAGCUUAUGAACCCUGUGCUAUGAAAAAUAAAUGCAACAAUUGCAUAUGUCGAUUCCCAAUCAUACAAAAUAAAUUUAUAUCUUAUGUCAUUCAA